UAUUGGUAGAGUGCAGGCGUCAUAAUAAAUUCCUUUCAUUUCGUCAUUUCGCAUCCGGCUCGACUAGCAAACAGUGAAAGAAGGAAGUAACUCAGGUUGCCUUCAACUAUUGUGUUCCCCGAGUGUAUGCUUUUCAAGAUUUUUAUCACGAGCGAGAAUUAUGGGCACAAAUGACACGUACCCACUUCAUACUGGAUACCUCACGAAAUCACCACCAGAAACCAGAGUGACUGGAAAUUUCAAACGCGUAAGUAGAAGCACUCGUAUUGCAAAAUUACAAUAUGAUUUAUAUUUAGGUUUUCUGUGAUUUGUAUAUUAUCGAGACCAAUUGCCUUUUAUCAUUAAAUUAAGGAAAUGUCAAAGGAUCUGUCUUUCAUAUUAAAGAACACUGUUUAUUAAUACAGCGAUAUUUUAUACAUGAUGUGAUAGAACUAGAUGAGUUUUAUGGUUUUGUAUGCAUACACAAUAUAAAUGUUUUUCAUCAAAUGUCAAGUUUCCUCGGGCCUUGUGUGCAACAAGACUGACACAAAAUAUAGACUUGGUGGUGCAUAAAGGUGCAUCAUUUCAUAUAUAUAUGUGUGUACCAGUUCAAAUGACGGGGAUAUAAUUCGUUGUUUUGUUUAUAUGGUUCAACACGACAUUGUCAGCGUAUUUCCAUAUUAUUUUUUCAACACACAAUAAUUGGGUAUGCUUGGCAGUCAUUCAGCGCUUCCUUGCAUUGUCUUGCGAAAAUGAACUUUUGUUUAUCACUUUAUGAUAUAUUUCUACUACGUGGUUAUGGUUAAUAAAUAUAUAAUAAGUUGUUUACAAUACUUGACUGUCCUUUAAUAUCUAUUUGUAUCAGCCAUGGUAUAACUAAGUAUAAUUGGUACUUUAAUUAAUAAAUUGGGCUACUUAUAUAAUAUCAAAUAAAGGUGGUUGAUUUAAAAUUACUUACCCUGGAUCCAGAUUCUGUUGCCAGCGUAUCGAUAAUUUUAUAAAAUAAAAUAGAAAACAAACUCCAAUUAGAAGUUCCAUCAGUUGAAACUUAAUAUUUAAAAAGAGCAAGAGGACACUAUAUUCAACAGUGAUAUUUUGAAUUUGUUGCAAGUUCAAGAAUUCGAAAUAUCACCUUUAAAUAUUAAGUUUUAAUAUGGAACUUCUUCUAUUCAUAGUUUGCUUCCUACUUAAUUUCUGUUUCCAGAUUGCUCUUAAAACAGCAAGGGAAAAGAAACACCAAGAUGGAAGAGCCUCUGGUCAAAUAAUUGUGAAUCUCACUUGUAUACUUGAUUAGAAUCUGAACCUUGCAUGUGAUUGGUUAUUUGUAAAAACAUCAAACCAGUUUGAGAAAUAAACAUCAGGGUUCAUACGGGUCCUGGAAAGUCGUGGAAUUUUACCUAUUUCACCUACGUUUUUUACCUAUUUCAAUUUACCAGUCAUAACAAUAAUAUGAAUUGUUGUUAUAUAACAGAUUUUUGCAAGUGAAUUUUGUUUUAUUAUAUCUGUUAUCAUUAAAAUAUUAACAAAUUUCAGAAAUUCCGUACGAACCCUGAAACAUGCACAAUAACUAAUUAUUGCUUCAACUUAGUAAAUAGCAAAUUAUUGCUUCAAGGUCUCAGGAGAAAGGUAGGGAGAGACAGACUUUUUGACAUAGUUUUACAAAUAAUUAAGGCGUAAAAAAAUACCUGUGGUUCUGGUUCCUGACUGACCCUAUUUUUUUCUGCCGACGUGCAACCCUGUUUUCUCCAGGUGGUUGUGGGCUGCUCAUACAGCAUGCCAAAAUGGCGUCUGUUGUCACACUAAUUAUUGAACCAAAUUGCCUAAAUUCGUCCAUAGGAAAUACGCAUCUCUAGUUAAUAUUGAUGUCGGGACUCUACUGCAAAUCGCCCAGCAAAAAACUGCCAAAACCAUGAAAAAAAUAUUCAAAAAAAUAUUUAUUUCCGACCUACCGACCCUAAUUUUUUCACGAUAUGAAACCGGAACCACAGGUUGUUUUUUUAUGCCUAAUCACAUGUGAGGCUCUGGUUCUGAACCUAUCAAGUAUGGAAGUGAAAUUUGCAAUUGAUUUGUGCAUUUCUUUUGUCUUGCCAUUCUUUAAGAGUUUUUGGAACCCGGAGGAUAAAAACUAUCACAAAAUUUGAAAAUUAUUGGCAUUGUUUUUCUUCAUAUGAUACUGCGGAUUCAGGUUGAGUGUUUAAUGACAUCACGAUCAUGUGAACAUUGCAAGAGAAAAACACAGGUGUUGUCAAGUGGCAAAUUACUUGUUGCUAUGAGAGAAUGUCUGUAAACAAAUGGCUUUUAAAAUGUGGUGUGCAAACGAAUAUGGUUGAUUAUUUAUGUCCGGAAAAGGCCGAAGACUACUAAAGGUUGUUAACAAUAGGAAAUAUUCUUAGCAAUGGAUGUGAUCCCAAAACAGGAGUUUUUCCUGGAAAAUUCGUAGAAGUAGAUGUCCCCUUGGGAUAUCGUCAGCCAUUGUAUCGAAAAUGUGGAAACGUUUAUACUGCCAAGAUAAAAUAGUUUCCCCUAAGCCAAACUACGGAUAACAAUGGUCUUCUUGCCUGUGUUUAAUAAUCUCAUUAUUUGAGAUUUAAAAUGCUUCGAUGAUAAGUCAAUUUCAGGCCGAUCUGAUUCUACGAUAUUCAAAUGCAUUGACCUUUGCUUGGUGCAGUUCUUUGCACAAAACAUGCGAGAAAAAAUCAUCAUGCGCUAAAGAUAGCAAGUCUUCGUUCUGUAUAAAUAUAGGGGUUAUUCGAUUGUUACAAUAAUGAUUGUAUUAUAAUUGAAUUUCAGAAAGAUCAUCCAUAUUUUUGCAUUACAGUGUAAAUUCUAAACAUAUAUAUUCAAUUCAAAAUGUCACCACUCCUUCAUAGCAACAAGUAAUUUGCUACUUGACAACACCCGCAUUUUUCUGUUUCAACGCUCACAUGAUCGUGACGUCAUUAAACACUCAACCUGAAUCCGCAGUACUGCAUGCAUGCCUGUUGACAAGCAUCUGCUGUAAGACCGUACUAUAGUCCAAUGAACCAGACUGAAAAAUGUCAUAUACGUCAUAUACAUAGCUCCAACAGUAUAUUCUAUUUUAAAAUCUAAACAAGUACCUGUAAGGGACUGUUGAAAUCUAGUUUUAGUCAUUGUUUGGGUCAGGAGGGUGACAUGGUUAUAUACAGUUAAAGCUUGUUUAUGUCGGCAACAAUAUCUCAUUGAUGUUCAGUUGAAGUUUCUUUGACAAAACAAAGUAGGUGUUGGAAAUCACAGGCUUGAAAAAGGACAUUCCACAAAGCUGGAACAUUCUAGGACUGCAGAAGUGCUUGCAGGUCAGGGACAUAAAAUCCCCCAAUAAUUAUGACAAGAAUGCUGUUGUAGUAAAGAGUGUAUAACAAGUUUUACUGCUGUAUAUUGAUUCAAUAGCAAUGUUGCUAGCAAUAGUGGAUUCAAAGCUAAUUGCAUGCAGAAAUACAGAUAUGCAUAUUCAAUACACUUAUACACAUUUGUAACAUUAAAUGUUUUGUUCAUGUGCUGCUUUUCUGUCAAACAGAGCAUCAAUACACAUGCACGAACAACUUUAUUAUGAGAAAUUUUAAAUGCCAGGCUUUGGGGCCUAUUGGGAGCUGCAAAAAGUAACUGCAAAAAAUGUUAUCAAAACCAAAUUAGUUGUAGGUGUUAUUGUUUCUAAAUAUUUGAUAUAUACAAUGCAGUAAAACGUACUUACUUUUUGGAACUAGUUAUACAGUCACAUAAUUACUUAAAAAAGGAACUAGUUACUUGUAAACGUUUUACAUAAAAAAGUGUAACUAGUUACCAUUACAAAGUUACUUCAUGAUUUUUGUAACUAGUUAAAAAGUUACUUUCAAUUUUUUUUUAAGUUACAUGUGCAGACUUUAGUAUACAUUGACAGUGAGUUCAAUUAGAUUACUAUAAAGAACAGGAUAUUCCAACUGCAAGCCGGCCAAUGGGAGGGGAAUUACUGUACAGUGAAUCAGUGUAGGGACCACAUUAACAUAAUAAAAACUGGUAGUAUAAACACAAUAGCAAGUACCAUAUUUUAACAUAAAGAGGUAACAAAAAAAUAAUGUAAACGUUGUUCAGAACGUACAGUAAGACGUUAUUGUUCCAUUUCAAGCCAAAACAUAACUAGUUAUCUUAAACAUUUAUUACAGUUACUUAAAAAAGUAAAGAUUAUUUGUCUUGUAAUUUUGUUACUUGUAACAAAGUUACAGUACUUAAGCAUUGGAUGGUUAUUUUUAUGUGUCCCCACUUCAGUAUGGCAAAUAUUGUGCAAUUGCACAAACACGUAUGUACAGUAUAUAUAAAAGCCAUUUUGUUCCCUCAGUCCAGUCGUUUUUCACUCAGAAUAUGCCAGAAUUACACAUAUAGCUACUUACAAAGUUUUGAAUACUUUGCAGAGCCGUAACUAGACGAGAUAAUUGUGGUGUGGAUAUUCAUAUAUUCAUGUUCACAUACCGUAAAAACAAUCGCUUUCAAAAGAAAUCCGUCGGGCAGAACACGAAUGUAUGAAUAUACCCCCCCCCCCUCAAAUUAUCGCGUUUAGGUACGGCCCUGAUACCUUGGACAGUUUGCUGGCCAUAUGGUACCAGCAAAAUGCAAGCACGCAGAUAGCGAGGGUUAAAAGUUACAUCUGAAAACAAAGAAGUACCAGACCGUAAUAUUGGGGUACCUCCGGUAUACGUAAGUGCAGCCAUCGGACUAUUAGGCAAAAUUUCCGCUAGCUGAAGGUCAACCCUGCGCCGCCGGCGGCAAUUCUACUUUUGACGGCGGCAAGUGUUUUGGAUUAACUGGCUGGCAAACAUUUCUGGAGAUGUUGUGGAGAUGCUAUUUUACAAACAUACAUAGUCAUAGUUCCAAGGGCAAGGCUUACUGAAUUGUUCGGUUGAAAAACGAAUCCUGAAAGUGAAUGUUCUUCAUUAUGACGUUUCAAAAAAUACGGGUUGUACAGGUAUUUUGAUAACGACAUUGGCAUUGAUUCUGUUACAGUGUUGGACAAAAGAUUGUUCAAGUAAAUACAGCUGAAUACAUAAUUAAAUAAAUUAAAUUAAAUUAUUAAAAUAUGGUCUCUUGCACACACGUAAAAAUCUGUAGCAAUGCUGUUACAACAACUUUGCAACAGGAUGUGUUAGCACUGCUUGUUCCCAGCUUGUUGACAACUUGCUACAAUGUUGCUGAGCUCAACAAAGUUGUUCCGACAACUUGUUAUCGUCCUGCAAUUCAACAAUUUGUCCACAAGUGACAAGUUGUGAGUGACAAUCUUGUAGCAACUUGGUAAAAUAACAGCAUUGUUAACAAGUGUUGCGAACAAAUCUUCUUGACAAGUUGUGAGAUUUUUACUUGUGUAGUUGUCGAUCAUAAACUACGUGCAAUGGUUGUGGUUGAUAAUAAACCUAACUUGAAGUUUACAGUUGUAUAAGACAUCUUUCCAACUUUUGUUUUGAGUAUCGAGCGGGUCGCUUGUCUCUUUUUUUUCAGACGAUUGCAUCAUUUGGCGUGGGAGGGAGCAAGAUUCUAAUUUAAAUUAUUUAAUUUCCUUUUUUUCUAUAAAAGGCGUUUUCCAAACACUGUUCCGGCCAGAUCCCAAGUUCAGUUCCGCUGCUGUAGUAAUAAAUAGCAUGGCCAGAAUCGUAUCUCUUUCUCAUUGCCUGAUUUGGAAGAUUGAAUGUUAUUAAAGCUUUUUACUGAUGAGCAAAAAAUGUUUAACCCAGAAAUAAUAUUUCAAUGUUUCUUAAAACAUCGUCAUCGAUUACGUGUAACAUACAAUUCAAUCGCCAACUCUUUAAAGAUUUCUCUUUCACGAGAGAAAAUAAUAAAGGACAAUAUAUGUCCAGCGAGGGGGAAGUGUAGGAAGUAUUCUCACUGAAACACAUUUCGCCUUCUUGCGGAAUGGAUUUCAUUCAAAACUUCGAAGUAUUCGAAGUUCGAAACGUCCGAGCCGCCGACAUGCAUUAUAAUUGCAUAACGGGAGAAGCGGUGUCGGUAUUGUAUAUUAUUCCAGCAUUGACGCAGUUAAGAUUUAUAUUCUCAGUUAAGCAGUCUUCUUGCACAGUAUCAAGAAACGUUAAUUAAAGGCCAUGUUACACGGUGCAAUUUUUCUUGCAACUUGCAAUGCAAUUCUACUCUUGAGAGAUGUUAAUUAGUGAAAUCAGUGAAGAAUUUUCGAUAUGUUGAGAAAACAUCAGCGGAGUGUAAUGAAGACUCGUAUUUGGCAAUUUUACAUCUCUCAAGAGUAGAAUUGCAUGGCAAGUUGCAAGAAAAAUUACACAGUGUAACAUGGCCUUAAGGGCCUUCGUUGCUUUGCAAUCCAUAUUGCUAUAUGUCAUAUAUGAAACCCCAAGAUGUCAAAUCCUCAAUAAUUGUUUGUUUGAAAAUCAUCUUUGUAGUGGAUGAAGCGAUGGUUCGUUCUUUGGGAAAAUAAAACUCUUGAGUACUACAGAGAACGAGGAGAUCCGAAACCGAAGAAGGCGAUCGACUUGAGUCGAUGUGAAUUUCUUGACACGAAUUUAUCCGACAAGAGAUUUAAGAACAUCUUUAGUUUAAGAGUAACUGGUGACAGAGAUCAUGGCAGGACAUAUUUCCUUGCAGCUGACUCUGCUUAUGAAAUGAAUAACUGGGUUGAUAAGAUUUGCAAGUUAUGCGAGUUUGCUGUAACAGAAAAUAAUAAUACAGGUACUGUAUAUUAUACUUAUACAACAUGGAAUAAUUAUUAUAUUCGAUAAACAUUCCAUGUAGCAUUUAACACAUGAAAUAUUACUUCCAGUUAUUUUACAGAAUAUAUAGGUGGGUUACACUAAGCACUAUCGUGCAGUAAAUGGUCGCCAAUAGUCGCACUUUUCAACUAAUGAGAUAUCCAACUUAAUUAUUUUCACUAAAGCCAUUACUUAAGACCCGUUAUUAUUUUCAUUAAUUAUUUUCAAAUGGGACAACAAUGGGCGCUUUCUAUUAACGGCCAAAUUGUUGAAUGAAACACAAACGAUUUGGGCUUCGGACCUAUCUGACCAGAAAUUUUAGGUAACAUUAGAAUGAGGUCCAUUUUUGCUAGAUAUUUGAGAAACAUAGUCCAGACCUUUCCAUUGACACAGAGAAAAAAAUUCGGGUCUGACCGGUCAGGCCAUUAAAUGGAAAGCGCCCAAUGUUGACCCAAAAACAUGCAACAAUGAUGAUUUAUUUUCAAAUGCUUUGGAUAAAAUUAUAUAGGAUUUACCUAAACUGGAAAAGAUGCUUCAAAAAUUUGUGGAAGAAACAAGUUGAUGGAUGUUUUGAUAAGCCUUUAUAUGUAGUAUAGGAUAUUGUCGAGUGAAAUUUAUAUACAUUUAUUAAACCUAACCAAGCUUCGAAAAAUGCAAUUUUUUAUGAAUUGAAUAAAAGUGCAACUUCAGGUCCCUGGCAAGAAUAGAAUCUGCGUGAUUCCGGUGCAGUGCUCUAAGAUUUUGGUGCCGCAGAUUUGAUUCCUGCCAGGAACCUAAAGUUGCAUUUUUCGCAACUGUUUCUGGUUAGGUCCAAUAAAUGUAUAUAAAUUUCACUCGAUAAUUUCCAAAAUUUGAGAAAAAUUGACCAAAGGAAAAAAGUUAUUGCAUUACAAACCUUGUGCGGCCAAAUGACAUUUUUGCUGACGUGAUAAAUUUUCAACUCGACAAAAUCACGUCAUUUCGUUAUCAGUUUAAGCAACUGCAGGGAGCCACCUUCACCACUUAAUUUUCGUCGAAAUUUGAAGUAGCAAAAUGAUGAGCAUUGACGAGAGUGCAGAAGUCAACAGGAAUUUUCUGUUAAGCGCGAGCGAAAGUUACAAAGUUUCUCAUCCUCUUAUCACACCCUUUGUUUCUGCUUUUUCAGAUACAAUUCGUCACCAGGCUCCUUUAGAUAAAGAUGAAAUCCAGGUCCGGUCUAAAGAAAGAGACAGUGGUAUAAUCGUACCUGACAGUGACACAGCUGCUGACCUAGUGUCUGUUAAAAUUGUGAAUACUCAACGUGUAUCAGCUUAUGAUGACGUGCCACCACCACGACCAUCAAAAACUUCUGAAGACAUUAAUGAACAAUAUGAUGUCCCUCCUCAAUCUUCGCAGUCGCCACGAAAAUCUCCUGUACGACAACGUAAUUCAUGUCCACUCGAUAUGUCGUCAUCUUCAGAAAGUAGUUUUAUUAGUAUGAACAGAUCUUCAGGGGGGAGUGAUAUUUACCAGAACUAUGAUGUCGUUCCCACUCAGCCAACCUAUGACUUCCCUCCAACUCAGCCAACCUACGAUGUCCCUCCCACUCAGUUAACCUAUGAUAUCCUCCCCCCUCAGCCCACUUAUGAUAUUCUUCCCCCUCAGCCGACAUAUGAUGUCCCCCCAACUCAGCCCACCUAUGAUGUCCCUCCUACUCAGCUAAACCAUGAAGAACGGAACCGUCACUCCGGUGGGUCAAGUAGCGAGGAUGGAAAUGAUAUUUAUGAUGUCCCGCCAAGCUCACAUCAAGCAUAUGAUAUUGUACCAGCUCCUGUAGCCACCACAGGCACAAUGCCAGGAAUAGCCAGGGUAUCAUAUAAUAACACCCCACAACAAUAUGGAAAUUAUAACACGUUAUCACCACGUAUACGGCCCGGGCUACAACCUACAAACUAUAACAUAUUACCACCAGGUAACGGAGGAAUGCAAAGUAUCUAUGAUCACGUGCCGUCAAGAAAUCAUCAUUCUGUUACUUAUGACACACCUCCUUCUCGUCCUGAAACUUCAUGUAACUAUGACUAUGUCCCACCACCUAAGUCGGCAUUACAUGGGGACAAUACUGAUGGUCGAGAAGAGCCUCCUCCUCCUGUACCCAGAGAGGCGAAACCAGGACAGAUUAAAACGUAUGUAAACAUACCACAAAUUCCAAUUCAAGACGGUGAAUACAACAAGCCGUUACCAAGUACACCUCAGCGAGAUUCUGGAACUGUUCUUGAUGAUGAAGAAGCAGUUUAUGAUGUUCCACCUGCUCAACAGGGUAAGCCAGCAUGUCGCAGCCGUUUUCAUUCUUCAUUAUAAUCUUUAUUGCAAAUAGUUCAUCAGGGGAACUCUCUCACAACAGUGAUUUUCAGACAAGUUUACAUAUACUGUAUUCACCAGUAAUAAGGUCCUGAUAUAAACAUGUAGAUUACGGACUCCUAAUACGUAUAUAGAUCCAGAUAAACGUUCAGCAAGAAAAUUAAGCUAAAAGCUUGAACACUAUUUGAAUUUCUAACGUAUUGACUAAGGUCGUUUCAUUCCUUAACGGCCAAAUACUCAAGUCCUUGCUUGCCCGAGUUUUUGUUUACUUUAGGAAGUCUAAGAUUAUCUUUGCUCCUACUGUAGUAUUGUACGUAUGAAUAACAGCAUUUUUCAAAAAACGCCAAGCUAUGUGAUGUUAGAUUAUAACGAUCGUAGAUUAACAGUUAAUUAUUUCUCCUCAUCAAUAUAAAUUCUACUUUCUGAAUUUUUCGUGCAAAAAUACAUAUAAACCAAAAUUUGGAUAUUUUAAAUUUAAAAUAAAAAGCAAUUCACUCUAACAAUUCAGAAAUAUAUUGCAGUCAUCAAAGAAAUCGCCAUAUCAGCGGAAUGACGAAAUAAACAAAAAUUUCCGAACACUAUUUUUUAGAACAACUAUUUUACUGUAUAAAAAUGAUAUUUUCAUAAAUAUAACUUAAAACCAGCAGGAGCACAACUCAAAAGCGUAACGAUACCGCGAUUUAAGAUUUUCCUGAAUAAUUCUUACAUUAUUUUAUUGUUUGUUAAUUUUACAACUUUACCAUAUUUUGCAUGCACUGGAGAACAUUUGGUGAAAAUUUGAUGAAAAUCGGACUGAUAUUGAGCGCGCAUGAAGACGACAGCAAAAUAUAUAUAAUAUGUUGUUUUAACUUAGGGCAUUCUGUAUAAAGACGACAGCAAAAUAUAUAUAAUAUGUUGUUUUAACCUAGGGCAUCCUCAAAUUCCAAUUGUGAACAGAAGAAACAAGCCGUGCAUGGCAGUUGCACCUAGAGUAGACCGCACUUCUAAACCUAGCGGUACAGGACGUGAUUAUGUAAAUCUAGGAGGGCCAAUUGCAAUGAGAAGUGCAACAGUUAAAGAAAGUUCAAGGCAGCCAGUACGCAGGGGAGGAAAUGUUCAGCGGAGUAAAAGUGCGGUGGCAGAUUUUGAAAGUGAUGCCGGGUAUCUUUACAUGGAAAGUCCUAAAAGAACUGAAUCUUCUACCAGAUACAGCAAGAAAGACAGAAAACCUUCAAUUCCCGAGGAAGAUGCUGCUUAUGAAUUCAUGUCAUUACAAAGAAAUGAACAAAAUACAGUCUAUCAGAAUUAUAACACUCCGACACAAAUGUCUUCAAAGGAAGAGUCGUCCCCUGAAAGAACUGUGCCUGCAGUAAGUUCUUGAUUGGCUUCAUUU